GGGAAGAGGAAUCUAGACUGAACAGAUAGUGGGAAAUGUAUCUUCCCUUGUAAGGAACACGGUGCCUCCCCUCGCAUCCCUGUUUCCGAGACCCCGGAGUCACAGAUCUCAGUUCCGCCACUCUCGAGGCUCGGCGGCAGACGGGGCGGGACCGGGCCUGGAAUUGGCUGCUACCGUCCGACCCCCUUCACUGCCGUCCAAUCCGUAUCGCCCGCAGGCGCCUGCGCAAUGGGCCGGCCGUGGGGGGCGGGAAGCGCUUCGGGGCAGCGAAGCCCAUGUCGGCCCUGAGGCGCUCGGGCUACGGCCCCAGUGACGGUCCGUCCUAUGGCCGCUAUUACGGGCCUGGGGGUGGAGAUGUACCGGUGCACCCACCUCCCCCCUUGUAUCCUCUUCGCCCUGAACCUCCCCAGCCUCCCAUUUCCUGGCGGGUGCGUGGGGGCGGCCCGACUGAGACCACCUGGCCCGGAGAAGGCGGAGGAGGCGAUGGCUACUAUCCCUCUGGCGGCGCCUGGCCGGAGCCAGGUCGAGCUGGAGGAAGCCACCAGAAUUUGAAUUCUUAUACAAAUGGAGCAUAUGGUCCAACAUACCCUCCUGGCCCUGGGGCAAAUACUGCUUCGUACUCUGGGGCUUAUUACGCACCUGGAUAUACUCAGACCAGUUACUCCACAGAAGUUCCAAGCACUUACCGUUCACCUGGCAACAGCCCAACCCCAGUCUCUCGUUGGAUGUAUCCCCAACAAGACUGUCAGACUGAAGCAACCCCUCUUAGGGGGCAGGUUCCAGGAUAUCCUGCUUCACAGAACCCUGGAAUGACUCUGCCUCAUUACCCUUAUGGUGAUGGUAAUCGUAGUGUUCCACAGUCAGGGCCGACUGUACGACCACAGGAGGAUGUGUGGGCUUCAGGUGCUUAUGGAAUGGGUGCCCGUUACCCAUGGCCUUCAACUGCAUCCUCAGCACCACCUGGGAAUCUCUACAUGACUGAAAGUACUUCAUCAUGGCCUAGCAGUAGUUCUCCUCAGACACCUCCUUCACCACCUCUCCAGCAGCCCAAGGAUUCCUCAUACCCCUACAGCCAGUCAGAUCAAGGCAUGAACCGGCACAACUUUUCUUGCAGUGUCCAUCAGUAUGAAUCAUCAGGGACAGUAAACAAUGAUGGUUCAGAUAUUUUGGAUUCGCAAGUCCAGUAUAGUGCUGAACCUCAGCUGUAUGGUAAUGCCACCAACGAACAUCCCAGCCAUCAAGAUCAAAGUAAUAAUCUUCCUGAAGAGUGUCUACCUUCAGAUGAAAGUACUCCUCCAAGUAUUAAAAAAAUCAUACAUGUGCUGGAGAAGGUCCAAUAUCUUGAACAAGAAGUAGAAGAAUUUGUAGGCAAAAAGACAGACAAAGCAUACUGGCUUCUGGAAGAAAUGCUAACCAAGGAACUUUUGGAACUGGAUUCAGUUGAAACUGGGGGCCAGGACUCUGUCCGGCAGGCCAGGAAAGAGGCUGUUUGUAAGAUCCAGGCCAUACUGGAAAAAUUAGAAAAAAAAGGAUUAUGAAAGAAUUAGAAUACUGAAAGCCUGUUACUAACUUGACCAAAGAACUAUUGAUUUUGGUUAAUUACCCUCUUUUUGAAAUGCCUGUUGAUGACAAGAAGCAAUACAUUCCAACUUUCCUUUGAUUUAAAACUUGAAAAACUGGCAAAGAAAUGGAGGAACAUUUUAGUUAUGAGUUGUUUUCAGUUUUCAGACAAAUGAAUGUAAUAGGAAACUAUGGAGUUAUCAGUAUUGCCAAGUAGACUCAUUCCUUAAGAAAUUUAUGGAUAUCUGCAAGCUGCUUCUUAUCAGCAGGAGGGAAAUGUACUGUGUGUAACAGGCUUAUCAGAAACCUACCAGAUGAGACUGGAUAUAAUCUGAGACAAACAGGAUAUGUUUUUUUAAACGUCUGGAUUACUUGUCACAUUUUUGUACAUUGUGACUGCUUUCAACAUACACUUCAUGUGUAAAUUACAGCUUGAACUUUAGCCUUCUUAGACCUCUGUUUUGUUUUGUUAUUUGCAGUUCACAAAUAUGGUAUUCUCUACUUCUUGGUACAUUUUGUAGUAAUAUGUUUAAUAUAAUUAUUCAAGAGACUAUAUUGAUGCCCAGAUAGUAUAGCAGUUCUGAAUGAAUUUAUAUCUUUUCACCACUUGAAUAUAUUGCAAUGUGUAGUGAGUAAAUUGUUUGUCUCCUUUUUUAUAUAGAUCAUUAGGUUAGAGUUUUUACCACUUCUACUUUUUUCAUGGUAGUAGAAGGUAAAUUUGAAAAAGGUCUUUGACAUAGAAUGAAAAUGUUUGUGGACAUUUUUAUUUUUUGCUUUCUUAUUGUAUUUGGAUAAAGAUCCACUUUAAAAUUACCUGGUUUUUUUUUUUUUUUUUUUUUUUUACAAAGUAUACUUAUCUUUUCACUAUUGCUGCUUCCAUAGAGAGCAUUGUGAUACAGAUGAAAUAUUAAAUGCCACAGUGAGUAGAAAUAAAGACUAUAAAAAGUAAUAAAUGAUAUUUGAUAAUACCAUUCUUCAUCUGAAAUAUUAGUUUCAACCUGUGAGCAAAUUUCAGCUAGUUUAUAGUUAAAAACAAUGAGGGUAAAAGGGGAUUCAUGCUCAGGGAAUGAAUUAGCCAUAGCUAGAGUGGGAACUUAAUUAUUUUCUUCUUUUAAAGGUAGAUUUGAUGCUUAUCUUUAUUUCCCUAGAGUAAAUUAUAUAAAAUAGAAUUGCCUGUUUCAUAAAAAUAUGUUUAUUUCCAUUAUUAACAGUCAUUUUAGAGCCAGAUUUAAGGAAGGGAUAUUGAAAGGUUCUUAGCUGGCCUUGCUUGGGUAGCUGUAUGCUUUUAUAUAGAAUAGCCCUAGGUAAAUAACUUACUUUUUGUGUCUGAGGUGAGUUCUUGUAUACAGUAUCUGUUCUUGGAAAAACAGCUCUUUCUUCAUGAGAUAUCUAAGUGAUAAUUUUUUUCCUAAACUGCCAGUCCUAUUAGUGAUACUAAAUCUAUUGGCUAUCUCUACUCCUCAUAAACAAAACCAAACCAAUACAAACAUAUUAGAUGACGAGAGGAAAUGUAGUAAAAAUAUUGCCUGGGUCUUAUGGCUGGGAUAAGUGGUUUUAUAAGAUAAUAUAAUAAUAAUUUUAUUCUAGGAUUUUUAUUUAUGGCCUAAUAUAGGAGUGUUUAAAAAAGGCUUUUCUAUGAAAAUCAGAAAAUUAUAGUUGAGACUAAAAAUCUAGAAGGGGGAGAACCUCUAAGUUACCAGUGAGACAAUGACUAAUUCAGAAAGGAACACUGCUAUUUUACUGAGUGCCAAGAUGCUAAUUUCCAUGAAGUCUUGAUUUAUAUAUAUGUACAUACAUUAAUGCACAUAUAUACAUAUGUGUAUGUUUUUAAUAGUUAUUUUUUACAUUUUUGAGAUAAUUUUAGACUUACAGAAGAGUUGUAAAAAUUAAUAGUCCUCGUAUACUGUUCUCCCACUUUCCCCUUAUGUUCUCCUCUUGCAUUAACAUAGAACAUUUGUCAAAAUUAAGAAAUUAAUCUUGAUACAAUACUAUUAACUAAAGUAGAGAGUUUAAAAAGUAGAAAUUUAUUAGUCGUUUAACUAAUAUCCUUUUACUGUUCCAGGAUUCUACCUUGCGUUUAGUUGUCAUGUCCCCAUUGUGUUCUCCACUCUGUGCCAGUGUAUCAUAAUAGGGGAUACCUGAUGUAAUGUAUUUCUGGUGUUAUUAACCUUGAUCACUAUGCUGAGGUGGUGUCUGCUAGGAUUCUCUACUGUAAACUUACUGUGUUUUCCCUGUAAUUACUAAAUAUUUGCUGGAGAUACCUUGAGACUAUGCAAAUGUCCUGUUUCUGCUUAAACUUCUGCCCAGUCAUUUUGCUAUCCUUUGGCAGAUCUUGCUUGUGGCAAUUACUAUUGUGGUGUUCUAAUGGUGAUUUUCUGAUUCUCUCAUUCCUUCUACAUUUAUUAAUUGGAAUUCUCGUGUAAAGAAGAGUUGUUGUUUCUGAAUUUAUAUUUUUAAUUAUAAUGAGAUAUUCAAGAUAAGUACAAACUUAGAGCUUAAAGAUGUUAAACCAUGUUAAAAUGAUUCCAAAUACCAAUAUCAAAGAAAACUAAGUUGAUAAUCUAUCUCAGAAAAUAUAAUGAAGUUAAGAAGGAAAAUAGUAUUUAUGAUUUGUAAGAGUUUGUUCAACUUUUGACUUAAUAGUGACUUCAGACUGAAUUCAAAAUUUUCUUGAAAUGACUUUUUAAAAGUGUCUACAUUUAUAUGAUUUUGAGGGUCAUUUUGUCAAAAUCUUGAAUAAAGUUACCCAGACCUGGCAUGAUAAAA